AUGCUACCUCACGCCGCUUUUCCGCAUCGUGCGGGGGCGACAGCGCCGUCAAAAUCGGCGCUCCUCGUCAAUCCUCAGGGUUCUAAAGUUCCUACCACACAAGGUUCCCCAUGUUUUCUCCCCCGUUAUCCCCUCAGAAUAAUCUCCGCCUCCCGCACUCUCUCCGCCGUCCCCACUCUCUCCGCCUUUCCCGCUUUCUCCGCCUCUCGCUCCCCCUUCUCCUAUUCCUGCACUCCCGCAUUCCCCCUUAAACUCCGCCGAUCCCAACCUCUCCGGCACCUCUCCCAUUGGCGGACUCCGCACCUCCCCGCGCCCGCGCGCGCGAGCGACAGCGGCGGGAGAACCGGAGGCGGCGCAGACGCAGGCGGAGACGGUGCGGAAUCGGGGGACGGCGGAGCGCGCGCGGGAGGCGUGACUGCGGACGCCGCCGCCGGCGAUAACGGCGGGUUCUGGGCGACCGUGUCGUCCGCGAUGCAAUCAAUGGCGGACGUGGUGACGCAGGCGCAGCGCGAGCUGCUGGAGGGGGAAUACAGCGCGGGCACGCCGUGGCUCGAUGAUGAUGACGUGUCGCUGCUCCAUUCGCAGAUUACCCCGUACAACUUCAUCAAGGUGGUGGAGGUGUCGCGCCGGGCAGACAACAGCCUGGCGGGCUCGCGAGUGCUGCUGCUGGACCAACCAGGGAACAUCCACUCCAUGCACUUUAAGUACAAGCCCUGGACGGGGUCCUACUACGAUCUCUUCACGCUGCUGCCGCCUCUGUUGCCCUCCUCCUCGGGUCCCAUCGCCAUUCUCGGCCUUGCUGCUGGCACUGGCGCUCGCCUGCUACUGCGCCACUACCCGCACCUGGAGCUGCAUGGGUGGGAGAUAGACGAGCACGUCAUUCAGGUUGCCCGCACGUAUUUUGAUUUGGAAGAGUUGGAAGACGGCUCGUUUGCUGCCCAGGAGCUCAGACCCUAUGUGCCUUUCAGCGAUAGUGACACUGACAGAGGAGUGGGUGGGGAGAAGGAGAGAGAGCAAGCAGAGGGAGGAGGGGUUGCGAGGGAGUGGGAGGAGGAGUGGCGGGCACGGGUGCCGGCAGAGCUGGAAGGGAAGGUGGGGCAGUGGAUGCCGCUGGGGAGAUUCAUGGAGGCACAACGGCGACGCAUGCGGGAGGAGUUAGUGGUGGUGCAGGAAGCACAGCGCUGGGAUGGGAGGUUGAGGAAAGGGGCUUCAGAGGCUGCGCCUGGAGAGCUGGGGGGAGGCGAGAGAGCAAGCAGAGGGAGGAGGCGUUGCGAGGGAGUGGGAGGAGUGGCGGGCACGGGUGUCGGCAGAGUUGGAAGGGAAGGUGGGGCAGUGGAUGCCGCUGGGGAGAUUCAUGGAGGCACAACGGCGACGCAUGCGGGUGAAAGCAACUGCACGCCUGCGGUGAUUCUGUGCUGCUGGAUGCAGCAAUGUUGGGCUGCUGCUAACUGGUGUGACUGUGGUAUGACAGUGGUGUGA